UCAAAGACAGACCGUUGGCAUGAGGCUAAAGCGGGUCCACAACGGGAUAUUAGGUCCAGGACCAGUGGUCUCGUCAAUCUUUGUUCCGACUAUACAAAACCCAUGCCAUCCAUGUUGUUGAAGGGUCCGGCUAGCCUUUCUCGGUUAGCACGAAGCAAGGAUCGUCGCUCUAUCGUGGGUAGCAAGAACCCGCACAUGCCUAUUGGUUUUAGUGAAUUCCCACCAGGCAACCAGGACGCUCUCUCCAUUAAAUGGAUGUCCAUAAAAGAAUCAUCAAGAGACAAGGAUUAUGUGAAAUCGAAACUCCGACACAACGCGUCCUUGACUUCUUCAACUCAUCUCCUGGAAAUUUCUCCUUCAUUCGCCUAUUUCUCGACCUCAUCCGUGUCCUAAUGCCUUCCUACGAGCUUCCUCCACUCACCGACGAUCUUGACCUGAACAAUUUCGAGACAUUCGCAACGAGCUCCAAGAGAGCCCCGAGUUUGGGCCCACUCUGGUUUAUUCCCCCACGCUACAAACCCACGCGCUCCAACACACGUUUGGACGUGAUUUCCAUUCGCCAAGCCCGCUACAGGGACUGUCGUCCACGGGCUGUUCCGGAUCAGGGAAGUAGCAGCGGUGAGGACUCAGACGACGCGAUGAUGGACACCUCGCCGGACUUUUAUGAAAGCCCCCAGAGGGUCAUUUGCAGAGAGCAUAUAUCAUAUCCUGCCGCUCCAUACGGUAUGUUUUCUUUUUUUUUUUCUGAGAUUUCUGGACUCUUUGGCAUCCUGACACGUGCAAUUAUAGCUCCGCGCGCGUUUUCUUCUUCGCUCCAUGCCCAGCAGGAUAAGGUCCAUUCGAUGAGGCCUCCCUUCCCUUCAUCGAGCUUGCGCCCAGCCUCACAUCGGAUGCUCCCACCCUAUGCUUAUGAGCCGUCUAAACCCGGCCGCUAUCAAUAUUGAAUAUGUCUCGCCUUUUUUUCCGCAGUUUUUUAGUCCCAGCUGUCCUUAUGCCUAUUAAGUAC